UUUCGUUGGUAUAAAUACUGUGCCUCCACUCCUCCCCGGCUCCUCCUGCUCUCACUGGCAGCUUGGGAAAAGUCUGCUGUCAGUAGAUAACCACCAGCCUGCACCAUGUCUUUCAUCCAGCAGUUCCUUCAGCAGACAGUCUAUCUGGGCUUGCCCAAUCAGGCAAAAGGAACAGUGACAGCCCAUCCACACUUCAGUGCCGAGGGAGAUGUUGGGGUGUUGGAUAAGGCCAUCAAAGCCAAAGGUGUGGAUGAGACCACCAUUAUCGAGGUGCUGGUGAAGAGGAGCAAUGCCCAGCGCCAGAGGAUCAAGGAUGCAUACAUGAAGGCAGCCGGCAAGCCCCUAGAGACGGCUUUGAAGGCGGCCCUGAAGGGAGAGUUGGAGGACGUGGUGCUGGCUCUGCUCAGGACUCCGGCCCAGUACGACGCCCAGCAGCUCAAACUCGCCAUGAAGGGACUAGGGACAGAUGAAGACACACUGGUUGAGAUUCUGGCCUCCAGGACCAAUGCUGAGAUCAGAGACAUCAAGGUGGCCUACCAACAAGAAUUCAAAAAGGAGCUGGAAGAUGACAUCAAGUCGGACACAGGUGGUGAUUUCAGGAAGGCCCUUCUUGCCCUCUGUAAGGCCAACAGAGCCGAAGACACAGUUGUGAAUGAGGAUCAGGCAGACAACGAUGCCAGGGCCAUGUAUGAGGCCGGGGAGCAGAGGAAAGGAACAGACUGCACUGUCUUCAUCGACAUCCUCACCAGCAGGAGCGCCCCACAACUCCGCCAAAUGUUUCAGAUGUACUCCAAAUACAGCAAAGUCGAUGUGGCCAAGGCCAUUGACCUCGAGCUGAAGGGGGAUAUUGAGAACUGUCUGACUGCUGUAGUCCAAUGUGCUGGAAGCAAACCUGCCUAUUUUGCUGAAAAACUCAACGACUCCAUGAAGGGCAAAGGCUACCGGGCCAAGAUCCUGACGCGCAUCAUGGUGAGCCGCUCCGAGAUCGACAUGGUGCAGAUCAAGGAGGAGUACAUGAAGAAAUAUGGCAAGUCCCUCUACCAGGAGAUUCUGGAUGACACCAAAGGAGACUAUGAGAAGAUUCUUUUGGCCAUUUGCGGUGACAACUAACAUGUCAUACCAACAACAAAGGAUAUUAGGGGAGGAUGCCACAUUUAUCGCAAAAGCACUACAAAGAUCACAUGCCAAAAUAAUUUUCACUGUUACAUGGUGCCAUAUUAAAACAGAACCUCACUGACA